AUGUCCCAGUAUGCCGCAGAGCUCUGCAAUCUCCUAAUUACAGAUAACUUUGGGGAGCUCUAUUCCCUGAUAUUUUCUUAUCUUCUCCAAUAUGGCCGCCAGCCACUUCUGAAGAUUGUUCAGAACACCCAUCUAUCUCCUCGGCAGGUCAGGCAUGGACUUGCAGUCCUCAUACAACAGCGCCUGAUCUUCCACUGCACCUCUGUCGCUGAUGGAAUUACAUACUACGAAUCCGACUGGAGAACAGCUUACAACCUGGUCAGAUCUGGGAAGGCUAUAUCUCUCGUUCAAGAAAGAUUAGGUGCUCAUGCAGCAAAGGUUCUUUCUACGUUGUUGGCGCUUGGCCAUGCGAAAGUUAGCUACCUUGAGACCCUACCGGAACUCCGGCCAGUUGUGAAACCGUACUCCCUGGCUAAUGGCAUAAAUGGAACGUUGGAAGGCAAACAGGCAGACUUUAUUAGUGGGGAUGGUACAUUGAAAGAUGACAUGAAUACCAAGGAAUUUUGCCAAUCGAACGGACCAGUCAAAGCACCUAACGAUUACAACCAGUUCGAGGACGAACCGCAGGUUCAGACCAUACUACAGCAGCUUGCGGCCUUUGGGUAUAUCUGUCGUGUGCGAAACCAGAAUUUUCAAAGCCCGGAGGAUAAUUUUGAGGCCGCUCUGAAGUUCGCGAGAAGUAACGGCGAUUCUCAUGGUCUGAAAGGGAACAAGUUGGAGGCCAAACUCACUGAGGACGCGGAAAAAUUAGUAAAAGAAUGGACCGAUAGCACAAUAUCUCGGGUCCUCCCGUCAGCUAGCAUGUUACGGGGCGUAAAACGACGCCUUGGUAAUGACGACAUAUCUGCCCCUCGAAAAAAAAUAAAGCUUGAUGAGGCUGUGGAUGAAGACGAGUACAAAGGAGACAACGAAGACGAAAAUGAUGAGGAUGGUGAUUUUUCUGAUGAUGAUAUGGCAUCAUUGGAUCCGAAUAUGAUAAUCCGUGUCAAUUAUGAGAAAUUUGACGUUGCAUUCCGGAAUAAGCGAUUAGUUGAUCUAGCCAGCCAAAGCAUCACUUCUGUUACUUCUCAUAUUUACGAAACUCUCCUCUCCCAUAUCGAACUUCGAACUCCGCAAUGCCGUGAACGAAUUGAAGCGAUCCCAGAGGGGGAGGAGGCAGAGCAAUAUUCCAUUUCAGUUCACUUACAUACAAUUUCCAAAGACCUUGACUCCGAUUUGGACCUUGCUGGGACAAUCGCUGGAAUCCCUGACGCAGCUAAUGGGACUGGGGAUGAGGAUGGGGAUCCUGGUGGAGAUUACGGUUCUGCUGGCUUGAAACCGCGUGGCCCAAGUCGUAACUAUCUAGUCGACCAGCAUCUAUCUCUUCUUGCAGCGGAACCAAACUUUUUCUGCACGCGAAGAAUGCAAUCGGGUGUGAUUACAUGGGCUGUCGAAUACCGGCAUCUGGCCAGGAAACUUCGCCAUCUGGAGCUUGAACGAAUAAUCGAAGCCCGAUUUGGCAGCGCUGCUGUCCGUAUAGUUAGGGUACUCUCGUCCAAAGGAAAACUGGACGAGAAACGGCUGCAAGAAAUUAGCUUGAUGGCAUCUAAAGAUCUCCGCCAACUAUUGGGACAGAUGGCAGGUGCAGGCUUCGUUGAGUUACAAGAAGUUCCACGUGACGCUCAACGGCAGCCUUCUCGUACGAUAUACCUUUGGUUUUACGACCCUGAUCGAGCUCGUAUGAUGGUAGUCGAAGACUCCUAUAAGGCGAUGUCUCGAUGUCUUCAGCGAAUACGCUUUGAACGCCAAAAACUGAAAUACUUUCUUGAAAAAACGGAACGGACGGAUGUAAAAGGGAACGAGGAGCGCUAUCUGUCUCCAAACGAAUUACAAAAGCUAAAAACUUGGAAGGCUACGGAGGCGAUGUUGCUCGGUGAAGUUGCACGACUAGAUGAUCUCGUCUCUGUCCUUCGAGACUACUGA